UUUACCUCAUGGUGUGCACGGCGCGGGACCGCGGCGGGGCUCGCUACAAGGUGCAGCAGAACGUGGAGCGGCUCUUCACGCGCUUCGUGGAGGAGGGCAAGGCCACGGUGCGGCUGCGGGAGCCCGCGGUGGAUCUGUGCCUCAGCAGGCAAAUGUGAUCAAUUUAAAGACUUUCCUUUCAGCCGUGAGACUGGCUCACCAAGGCAACGACACCGGAGUCCUCCCUCUCUCACCUCUGGUCCCAGCCAAGAACUCCGACGUGGAGAAGCCCAAAACCAAAAUGAUCAUCACUUCCAGGAGGGAUUACCCCCUCACCAAGAGCUUCCCUUUCUCCCUGGAGCACCUGCAGACCUCGUACUGCAAGCUGGCCAGGAUCGACAGCCGGGUGCUGUGCCUGAAGAAGCUGCGCAAGCUGGACCUGAGCCACAACCACAUCAAGCAGCUGCCGGCCACGCUGGGCGACCUGGUGUGCCUGCAGGAGCUCGACCUGCGCGACAACCACCUGGAGGCCUUCAGCGCGGCCCUGUGCAGCUCCGGCCUGCAGAAAUCCCUGCAGCUGCUGGACCUGAGCCAGAACCAGAUCCAGGCGCUGCCGCUGGAGUUCUGCCAGCUGCGGGGCCUGGUGCAGCUGCGGCUGGACGACAACGCGCUGCUGCGCCUGCCCUGCCGCAUCGGGCAGCUGAGCCGCCUGCGCUGCCUGUCGGCCGCGCGCAACAAGCUGCCCUUCCUGCCCUCCGACUUCAGGAAGCUCUCCCUGGACAACCUGGAUCUCUUUGGCAAUCCUUUCGAGCAGCCCAACCCGCUGGUGCCCAACAUCCAGCUGAAGAUCCCCCUGACUCUGCUGGAGUGUGCUGCCAGGGCCACCGUCAAUCACAGGAUCCCUUACGGCUGCCACCUGCUCCCUUCCCACCUGUGCAAGGACCUGGAGGUGGCCAAGACGUGUCGCUGCGGGAGCGCGUGCCUGAGCAGCUUCAUCCAGAUCACGGUGACCAUGAACCUGCACCACGUGGCGCACACCGUGGUGCUGGUGGACAACAUGGGCGGCACCGACGCGCCCGUGCUCUGCUACUUCUGCUCCCUGCACUGCUACUCCCAGUUCCUGGACAGGCACCUCCAGAGCCACGGCUGACAGCAGGCACGGCGGGGCUGUGGGCACGGAGCAGCUGCUGGCACCGCGGUGCCACCGGAGACAGAUCCCGCUGGGACGGAGGGGACACGGCCUGGCCUGGCCUGGCAUGGCUCUUGUCCCAUUCUUGGAGAGAGGGGACGCGGCCUGGCCUGGCGUGGCAUGGCUCUUGUCCCCUUUGGGAGGGAGGGGACACGGCCUGGCCUGGCCUGGCAUGGCUCUUGUCCCAUUCUUGGAGAGAGGGGACGCGGCCUGGCCUGGCGUGGCAUGGCUCUUGUCCCCUUUGGGAGGGAGGGGACACGGCCUGGCCUGGCCUGGCAUGGCUCUUGUCCCAUUCUUGGAGAGAGGGGACGCGGCCUGGCCUGGCGUGGCAUGGCUCUUGUCCCCUUUGGGAGGGAGGGGACACGGCCUGGCCUGGCCUGGCAUGGCUCUUGUCCCCUCUGGCAGGGAGGGGACGCAGCCUGGCCUGGCCUGGCCUGGCUCGUGUCCCCUCUGGCAGGGAGGGGAUCAGCCCUGCCUCUCCCCCUCUGGCAUCUCUGCUCGCAGCAGGGAGCAGUGUUGCUCUGCAGGGAGCCUUCCUGUGAAUGUAUUUCCCUUCUCCUGCUGCGGGGCUUCUGCCUUUGGGGGUGAGCUGUUCCCUCUUGGAAGGACCGAGGGAAUGUAAAUUCAUCCCAGGCUUCCCCACGGGAGCCCCGAGCUCUGCCAGGGCCAGGACUGCACUGCCCUCGUGCCAGUGGAGGAGGAAUCACAUCCAGAGGGGUUCUGGAAUCCCAGGUGCUUCUUUUUCCCAAGGUUCUGUUACAACAUUCCCACUGGAGCAGGGACCAGCACUGCUGGGUUUUUACCACAGCAAAUGUUUGGGUUUGGGGUUUCUCUCUUUGUGAUACCAGAAAUGUCUUUUUUUUUCUAAAUAUGUGCCUGAAACUGUUUCUUAGUCCUCCUGUUUAACAAUUCUGGGAUUUGUUUCACUGUGUUGACUGAUUAAAUUUUGAAACCCUUC